AAGAGGCGGGGAUAAUAACCACCAGACUUACCAACGGACACUAACCAACAUCCGUUGGAAACCGACGCCCACGUCAGACACACCGUGUUUCAUCGGAGGCGUCUCCAAGACGGGCUUUGUCGCCGACUUUGGAUGCGACUUGAAACUCAGACGAGGAGGAGGGGAAGGAGGAUACAGGGAGGGACGAAGGAGGAUGAAAGGGGGAGGGUGAGAGUCCGGGCGUGCUGCUGGGCAGGAGGAGGAUUUAAAGCGCUGCUGCAGCAGUGGGGGAGACGCCCUCGACGCGGUGCAGCAAGGAAGACAGCAGACACCAACGACAGCCACCGGCCUCGCACCGCCAUCCGCAGCUCACAACUUGACGAGGGCGGCCGGCCAACCAGCAUCGCUUUCUCACACCAUUCCAGACUUAACGGUCGCAAACCUGUAGCAGCAAGGGACAACUGAGAUAAAUAUUAUACACAAAAUUUGCUGUGAUCUCCAUGGGUGAUCACUGGUAGAUUAAGCUGAGAAAUUUUAGAGGAAUCUUUUUUGAGAGCUUACCAAGAGUUUAGACCAGUCGGACUUUCAACAUGCAGGAUUGCUUAAUACGUGUUUGCCUUUUUCUUCUUCUUCAGUCAUGGGCUUUUGUUCCCUCGCUGGGCAUCAGCGAUAACAACGACGAUGCAGCGGACGAUGUGGCGCUAAGUCGUCGUGGCUGGAGCAUGAUGCGGCUUGGCCGCGGCUUGCAGAUGCUUCGACUGGGCAAACGAUCGCAUCGCCUGGACUCCGCGCAACCUCUGACCCCGCAGGACCUAGCCGUGGCCCUAGCAUCAUCGUCUGACGAUAGCCAUGGGGAGUUUCGCCGCCAGCCGCCUCUGCCCCGCUAUGGAAGAGAACUCGACCUGGAACUGGAGGUUCCCGAAGAACUCAGUCAACUGAGGACCAUGACCCCGGCAGACUUGGUGCGGGCGGUGGCAGCGUUGCGUGGCGACCGCUACAAGAGGUCAGCGGACCUCGACGAGGAUCUGGCCGAGAGAAAAAAGCGGGCCGUGGCCCUACCAAGGAUAGGACGCUACCUGGACCAACUGGGCCGCCUGUACCAGUGGCCAAUCAAGUCAUCUGUCAGCUUGAGCCGCUGGCGCACGACCAAGGCCGUGCCGGCUCCGCGGAUUGGUCGACAGGAGGAGGACGAGCAGAUUUUGGCAGAGGCGCGCUGCGCAUAACCGGCAGCCAUCUUUGGACGAUGAGCGAAUUUUGCCAGCAAUGGCCAGCAGCGCCGGCACCUCGUAAACUGCUCCGAUACGGGAAGUUGGGGGGCUUAUUACUUUGUCGUUGUUUCGGCCUGAGAGUAUUAUCGUGUUUUCGUUAGACUUAAAAACGGCCAUUUGCUACAGAACUCAACGCAGCCCUCAACGUCGGCUCGAGGUUCACGAACUGCACAGCGAUAAGCUAAGCCAAAAGACCACCAGCCACCCGUUGCCCAUCCCAGCCAGAUGUCGCUUCGGCUGCACUCCAUGAAGGCAGGUACCUGCAGGAAGCUGGCAUAAAUGCCUUGAGCAAACGUAGUAGUAAUACUCUACAAGAAACAGCCAUGCUUGUCUCUCACUAUCAAACACACUGAUACGAAUAUUAAAAUCAUCUGACUCAAAUAUGGAAGUUUAUCAAGUUUAUCAAUACUUUAUGGUCAUAAGCAAAAUCACUAUCUGGACUCAUUUUUUCAAAUUUCUUCUUUUCCAAGAUUUUUUUAAAUAUCGAAUUUAGAACAGAUUUAAAGAACGAUUGCAGGAAAUUUGUACAGGAGCACUUUCAUCAAAACGAUGAAUGUACGAGAUGUAAUGAAUUAAUUAGGGCAAAAAUGGAGAAUGUUAUGAAUUAAUGGAUAUAAACACAUAUUAUAUAAAUAAAAAAUAUAGUCAACUGACCCAAAAGUCAGGGUGUUAUAAGACUGAAACUACGCUCAUUGUUUGUCUUACCGACGAAAAAAAAAUGUUUAAACGGUGUGCGUUAUAUAUUAUUGCAGGUUUUUGUGUAAACUACAGAAAAGACACUCACUGGUACUAACCCACGUUCUUUACCUCACGCAGAAUGUUUUAUUGCUGUUAAUGCCAAUAACGAAAUAAAAUUUUAAAAAAGCAAAUCAGUGACAUUAAUUAAUGUCUUAAUUUCUGGUUAAUAUAAAAAAAUUGUUUAUCUUAUCAUCGUGUGCUCAUUUAAAGAAACGAUUUUAUCUAACAAUGAAUGGUCGGUUAAACGACACAGAUUUUACCUUCAUCCGAAACGCACAUUGUAAAUAAACAAGGACAAACACUCAUCUGAAAUGUUAUGUUGAGUCAUGGAGCCAAAAACACAAUAAAGGAUGAUUUUUGUGU